CACAAAGUCGUAGCCUUUAAGGCGGAGAUAAAGAGCUCCAAUUGAAUUCUGGUUUGUUUGUUAGUAUCCUUAUAGCCUGGUGUUUCCACGAAGCAAGAUGGCUGUAGUCAAUGUGGAGGAGCUUUCGGCGCUGGAGAAGUACUUGGGAUUGACAAAAGGAAAUAAGUACAGUACUCGUGGAGACCAGCAGGUUCCUGUUCUGCAGACAAGUGAUGGGCCCAGUUUAGUUGGCCUCAUCACAAUAGCAGUUCAUCUUGCUAGGCAAGCCAGUAAAGGGCAUCUCCUGGGAAGCACAGCAGAGGAGAAGGCAAUUGUUCAGCAGUGGUUGGAAUACCGGAUUACCCAAAUCAGUGGGCUUACAAACAGAGAAGAUAUCUGCAGUAGUCUAAAGGAUUUGAACCAAUAUCUUGAAGAUAAAGUCUACCUGGCUGGACACAACAUGACUUUAGCUGACAUUUUAAUGUACUAUGGCCUUCACCCCAUAAUGGUUGGAUUUACAGUGCAAGAGAAGGAGAGAUAUCUCAAUGUGUCUCGAUGGUUCAAUCACAUACAGCACUGUCCAGGUGUAAGGCAACAUCUGUCAGGCAUUGUGUUUCUAAAGAACAGGCUUUACUGUUAAUGUGAACAAAGGACUAGCUGUGCCGUGCCACAAACCUACCCCAAAUUCACUUUGCACACUAUGAGAAUUCCAUUUAUUCACUCAUGAGUCUAACAGUUUCACAUCAUAUUUUAAUUUUUUUUUAUGGUUAGCAUUACUUGAAUUAAGUAUUUGAAGGAAUUCUUUGUCUUUAAAUGCGUAUACCUGGAACAGUCUUUGUGUCAGUUGCAGAUGGCGAUCAGAUUGGUCUUUCCAAGAAAAAACUGUACAUAGGAUGGGAAAUAUGAUUUACAGUGUUUUUGCUUAGUUUUCUCUGUGCUUAUUUGCCAUCCUUGAGGCUGCACCCUAUGAAGAAACUGACAUCCUAAAUUCAGAUUUGGCACUGCCAUGUGUCAUUGACCUAAUUUUUGGAUUUUAAUGCAGAGUAUGAGUCUUUGUACAUACAUUUUUGUUUUGGUGUUUAAUAUGGUCAUCCAUUCAGUGUCCUGAAAAGAAAAAAAUGGUUUAACAUUUUAAUGCAAGUUUUACUUGUGAUGUUGAAUGUGUAAUAUGUGGAAAUUUCUUUUUAUGUUUACAUUACAUUUUAGGUGAGUAACUGUGGUACAGAUACUAUGAAGGGAACAUGUGGUUUACUGUGCUUGCUGUUAAAAGUUACACCACAGUGCACUUUCUGCAGCAUUGUUGUCUUAUUUUAAUUUAAUGACUGGUUUAACAUCAAAUAAAUGCAACCAAUAAAAAAUA